AUGUCUCAACCAAUUGAAUUAGACCUUUCUAAGGAUCCAAUUUAUGAUCACUGCUUUUCGCAGGAUAGGCGUUCUGUUGCCAUUACAAGGGCCAACGACGUCGACAUUUACGACCUUACCGAUGUAUCUGGUAGACCUCGUCUACUUGUCACUUUGAAACAUCAUGAUAAACCAAUUACUGCUUUGGACAUUUCUGUUGAUGGUAAAAUAGUCACAUGUUCUCAGGACAGAAACGCCUUGGUUUGGGUUCCGCAGCCUGACGGAUCUACACCAAAACCUACUUUGGUCUUGUUAAGGAUCAAUAGAGCCGCCACUUGUGUAAAGUGGUCUCCCAAUGGUAAAAAGUUUGCUGUUGGUUCUUCUGCUCGGGUCAUCUCGGUCUGUUAUUUUGAAGGAGAAAAUGAUUGGUGGAUUUCUAAGCAUAUCAAGAGGCCGCUAAAGUCUACCAUUCUUUCUUUGGACUGGCACCCCAAUAACGUGUUGCUUGCGUGUGGUUCUACAGAUUCCCAUGUUCGUGUGUUUUCUGCUUAUAUCAAGGGUAUUGAUUCCAAACCAGCUACUACUGUAUGGGGUGAAAGAUUGCCCUUUCAAACUCUAUGUUUGGACUAUAAUCUUGGCUCGUGGGUACAUGACAUUAAGUUUGAUCCAACCGCAGAGUUUAUAGGUGCGGUGACUCAUGAUGCCUCUUUGAAUUUGAUCUAUCCUGGGCCGGGAGAGCAGGAGGUUGCCCAGGUAAUUAAGGUUAAGACGUCAUUUCUUCCGUUCAGAUCUUUAAUAUUUGCUACCUCUUCUAGGAUCGUUGUGGCUGGUCAUGAUUGCUAUUCGAUUGUGUUCGAAGGUGAUGCACAACAUGGCUGGAAAAAUACUUACUCGAUCGAUGAUCCUAAGAAGAAAACGCGGAGCGAUAUUGAGAAUCAGUCCGCUUUGAAUAUGUUCAGGCAGUUGGAUUUGAAAGGUUCUAGUGACAGCACUUCAGCCAGCUUACUUACCGUUCACCAGAAUACCAUCAAUGUGUUGAGACCUUUCCAACAAAGUACUGCGGGAAUCACCAAAUUCAGUACCUGUGGUAAUGAUGGUAAAGUUGUUGUAUUUGAUGUUUAG